AUGUUACCGAGAAUGAAAGUUUAUGUUAUUGGUGUUGGGAUGACAAAAUUCGAAAAGCCAGGAAAACGGAAUGAUUUUGAUUAUCCAGAUAUGGCGAAAGAAGCAGUUAUGAAAGCUUUACAAGAUGCAAAUAUUACCUAUGAUACUGUAAAAGCUGCCUGUGUUGGAUAUGUUUAUGGGGACUCUACUUGUGGUCAACGAGCAUUAUAUGAAGUUGGUCUUACUGGUUGUCCCAUAUACAAUGUGAACAAUAAUUGUUCAACUGGUUCAACUGCCUUAUUAAUGGCUAAACAAAUUGUUGAAACUGGUUCUGCUGAUUGUGUCUUGGCUCUUGGUUUUGAAAAAAUGGAAAAGGGUUCUUUAAUGUCUAAAUUCUUGGAUCGUACCAAUCCAAUGGAUAAACAUAUUGAACUUAUGUCUAAUAUUGCUGGCAUAAAUGAAAGCCCAAUCACUGCUCAAUUGUUUGGAAAUGCUGGAUUGGAACAUAUGAAAAAAUAUGGUACCAAACCUGAGCACUUUGCAAAAAUUGCUUAUAAGAAUCAUUUACAUUCUGUUAAUAAUCCAUAUUCACAAUUCCAAGAGAAAUAUUCUUUGGAACAGAUAAUGAAUGCUCCAACAAUAUUUGGACCACUUACAAAACUUCAGUGCUGUCCAACAUCUGAUGGUUCAGCAUUAGCUAAUGAAGGAUUUGUUCAUAAGCACAAACUUGAAUCUCAGGCAGUAGAAAUUUUAGCUAUGGAAAUGGCCACAGAUUCAGCUUCAACAUUUAAAGAAAAGAGUUCUAUAAAACUUAUUGGCUAUGAUAUGACAAAAAAUGCUGCUGAAAAGGUGUUUACUCAAACUCCUUAUAAACCAACUGAUGUGGAUGUUAUAGAAUUACAUGAUUGCUUUUCAACUAAUGAACUUGUCACAUAUGAAGCAUUAGGUCUUUGUCCUCCAGGUCAGGGUGGAAAGUUAGUUGAUGCUGGAGAUAAUACAUAUGGAGGCAAAUAUGUAAUAAAUCCUAGUGGUGGCUUGAUCUCAAAGGGACAUCCUUUAGGAGCAACAGGAUUGGCACAAUGUACUGAACUUUGUUGGCAACUUCGAGGACAGGCUGGAAAACGACAAGUACCAAAAGCAAAACUUGCUUUACAGCAUAAUAUAGGUUUAGGUGGAGCAGUUGUUGUUGCUUUGUAUCGUAUGGGCUUCCCUCAGCAAUCUAUAACUAAGAGGAAUGUAAAUGGAACUGCAGAUCCAGAGCAUUUCAAAGCAAAUUCAUUAUUUAAGUUAUUAGAAAUUGCAAUGGAAGAAGAUGAAGAUAAUCUAAUUGAAAAAGUUCGUGGAAUAUACGGAUUUAAAGUAACUAACGGACCAGCCGGUGCAGAAGGUUAUUGGGUUGUAGAUGCUAAAACGGGAAAAGGAAAAGUAGAAUAUUAUGGAAAAACCAAACCCGAUGUAGUUAUCACUAUUAGUGAUGCGGAUAUCGUCGAUUUUAUUUCUGGAAAAUUGAAUCCACAGAAUGCAUUUUUCCAAGGAAAGAUUAAGAUCCAAGGUAAUAUGGGACUGGCACUGAAAUUGAUUGAGUUACAAAAGUAUGCUGCCAAAAAGAUCGUUAGUCUUCAAUCUAAAUUAUAAAAAACAAAGAUCUAUAAAUCUUCAAUUCAAGGAAAGUUAUGUUUCGCUACCGAAAAUAACGUAAAUAAGCUUUAAAGAGCAGAGAAUUAUAUAUUAUAUACUCAUAGAAUCAAAAUAUCACCAUA